UCGUCUCGUCUCGUGACUUUUCUUUCUUACUCAGUAGUAACCGCUAUCUAUCUCUCUACUAGUACUGUUUAGUGUUAGAUCUUUCUCUCUCUGUUCAGAUAUACAGAAUAAAACAAAACGCAGUGAAGAAGAAAACGUACACACGUCACACUCAGAUCUCUCCUUCUUUAAUACUACAACAACACUUUCACUUCCAUUAAUGGCUUCUUGACCAGUUUAUUGAGAAUCGAUUUUGAUUUCAAUUCAGUGACAUCUCUAGUAACGAUUGUUUGGACAAGUAAGUGGAUCAUAUGAAGUGUUCAUUUGGUUUGAUUGCUUCACCACCUAUCAUCCAUUCAGAUGUUCAAUUUUUCCAAGCUUCUUCUAAUAACCAAAUUUCCCUCAGAGUCACACAGGUGAGCAAGGUGAAACCAUAUCGUUUGAUCCAACAAAGUACCAUUUUGCAGUUCUGCAAGCUUAUUAGAGGUGGACUUAGGCUAUCAUGGCAGAAGGAGAGGAGCGAAUUGAACUUAAAUUCCGCAUAUAUGAUGGAACCGAUAUAGCACACGAUACUUAUCCAGCAUCUACUACAACUGUGGGUGCCCUUAAGCAAAAGCUAAUUACUGAGUGGCCUCAAGGCAAAACAGUUACACCAAAGUCAGUUAAUGAUAUAAAGCUUAUACAUGCCGGUAAAGUUUUGGGAAACAGCGAAACGCUUGCUGAGUCCAGAAUAACUAUCGGUGACAUCCCUGGUGCUAUUACCAUGCAUGUUGUAGUACAGCCUCCUGUAGCUAAAAAGAAGACAGAGAAGAAGGAGAACAGGCAAAAGACAAAUUCAUGUGCAUGCUCAUGCACUAUCCUAUAGAUUACAAGGCAUACCUUGUGGCUGCCCUUGAAGAUAAGGUUGCAAUUUUCCUAUUUUCAACUCUGGAGGAUGAUGGGUAGGCGUUGCGCUAUCCAAUAGUAUUGCAUAAAGACAUGUCUGGCUUUGUGAAAUCAUUGUUUGCUUGCUUCUAUUAAUGUCAAUAUUCGUUUCUAGUUUGUCUUCAGAGUGAAAUCAGAUAUCAACAUUGUAAUAUCUAACCUCAACAAGUUCAAUAAGGGUGUUGCAUGCCACAAACCGUGAGUUGCUAUAUAAUUCCAGCUCAUUCGGCCCCCAACAUUCGAUGGCAUAUUUGUUUGGAAGUGUAUAUUUUUAGGGGGGAAAAUCCCCCCUCUAUAUGUAUGAUUUUGCUGGUGGCAUUAAAUGUAUCACGUCAAUGUUUAAUGA